GUAAAAAAGUUUCUACAUUUGAACGAGCACGUACGUAUGAGAUAGAUUAGAGAUCUGCGAAUCCCAUCGUCGUCGUGGGAUUAGGGUUUUCAUCCUCCUUCGAUCUCAUCGAAUCACCUUACCUUCUCUCAUUUCCGCUUCCAAUUCAGUUCGCGCGCGCGUGUGUGUGUGUGUGUAUGCUCGAUCGAGCUGGAUCCUCUCUAAUCUAUGUUGGAUUUGAUUAUUCCAUUGCUUCUCUCUCGCGUACCCUUGAUUCAGUGGAUGGUUCUCGCUACGAAAGUACCGAACUUUCCUUGAAUUGUAACUUUGUUUGAGUUGACUUUUGAUUUGCGUAUCGUUGAAUUCGGGGUUUGAUGGAUUUGGAGAGUGAAAGCUCUGCGCUUGAGUCUAUUGGUGAUAAUGGUUUGAUCCAACAAGCUUCCAUCAACACUGCUGCUGCUGCUGCUGCUGCUGCUGCUGCUGAUGAUGAUGAUAAUGGUAGGAGUUUGGAUCAGGGGUCCUUCUCUGACGACAGUGUGAAGCUUGUUUCGACGAGAAGUGGUGGUGAAAACGAGACAUCUGUUGAACUGGAUAAAGCGUUGAACUUUGGUUCUUGCUCUCCGGUUCUUUCAAAGGGGCGUGGUUUGAGGAAAUGGAGGCGGAUCAGGAGAGACCUUGUGAAAGACACGUCUGGUAACAUGGAGAAUAGUAAAGUUCUGAAGAGAGGCUUGUCCGGUUCUGCUGCUCAUUCGCACGGUAAUAAGCAGAUGCUGUUUCAGUCACCGGAACUUGAGCAAGAGAGUCAGGGAUCUGUUGGGUCUGUGAAUAUGUUGAAAAGUGAUGGUUUUGAGAUGCUUAGGAGUGGUUUUGAUGAUGCUAGGUUUAUGGCAGGGGUUGGCUUUUCAGCUGGUGUUGAUGGUAUAGGAAAGGAUGAUGAUCGGAGUAGUAAAUCUCCUACACCAAUGAUUAUUAGUUCAGGUCAGAGAGGGAAAGAUCGGGUAGAGAAUAGUAAGAAGCAUAGAGGAGAAAGUGUCGAGAAGGAGACCUCUCAUUCCAGCUUGGAAUCUGAUUCAAGAAAGCCGAGUGGAAGCAUGAUGAUGAACUUCAAUGGAAGAAUUGGCGAUGAAGCCGAUUUGAAUGGAGAAACCUCAAAGAGAAAUGAUGAUGCUGAAGGAGAAGAGUCCAUAAACAAUAACAAUGGCUUCUCUGAGGAACAAGAUCCGUUAACAGAGGCCAUUGAUGGUUUCCUCACCUUGCAAGAAGCUCUUGAAAAAGAGGUUCAGGAAUACCGAGAGAUCGGGAAGGAACAGAUACCACAGCAUCAUGAAGGAGCUACUGAGAUAAGCUCACCUGGCUCAGAGAUUGUAACCCUGGUGAACACUGUUGAACAGCUGGAGAUCAAGCUAGAAGAAACAAAGUCCAUGCUUGAGGUGAAAGAAUCACACAUUCGUGAGCUUGAAUCCACCACGAACCAAAACAAACGCUCGUGGGGAGGAUCAGGAAACGUUUCAGAGACGGUGGUUGAAGAUAUCUUCCGGCAAAAGAUUGAAGCCGAGAUUGAAUAUCUGAUAUAUUCAAGAUCUGUUGAUAACUUGAAUCAUCAGAUGAAGCUGGUUGAAACAAAAGAGUCAUUGGCAGAGGAGCAAGCUUAUGAGACGCUGAACAGCUUGGACAAAGUUCAAACGAAGGCUGCGAGUUUAAGAAACAGAGCUAAAGACCUGCAAAACGAGUGCAUAGAAACCACCGGAAGCAUCAAGAAGAGAGCAUGUAAGAUCACUUCAUGCUUUCUUAUACAGUUAGUAUUGCUGCUAAUGGUAGUUAUGGUGUUCAUGUCUCAAUUGGUGCCGGAGUCUUCUGAUAUCGUUAUUGUACCCACCUGACUUUUUUUGGUUUUUGUAGCAAACUGAGUUGUUUAUUUUUUAUUUUUGGCUUUUCGCAUUUUCUUGUUAGCAUUUCAGCUAUAGUUUUGGCCUCUGGUUAUAGAAUUAAAAGACAUGCUACUUCAUAUUUUGUUGGAAUAAAAUUCUGCAGCUGGAGAUUGGUCA